AAGAUUGAAUGGGUAAAGAAAAAGGCUGCAAAAAAAUCACGAAACAAGAGUGAAUACCAUCUGUUCUGCGGCUUAAAAAGCUAUUAAAUACAACAAAAAAAAUCAAUGAACAUACAAGAAAAUAAUCGAAAAAAGUAAAUACAAAUAAACAAACGAACAAUUUAUAAAUAUAUGAUAAGAGCGCAAAUUUAGAAGAAAAAUGUCCAACAAUCCUCAGUGGAAAGAUUUUCAGCCGCCAAUCAUGAACUCUGAUCCAGCUAUACUCGACUACAAGUCCUUGGCAAUACCCACUAAAAAAGUCGUGAGCGCGUGUCAACAAUCCACGAACAGUUAUCGAAAUGGCACGAAUUAUACCGGUGAUCAUUAUAUUAUGGAUUCCGAUUCCGAAAUUUAUACCGGCGGUAUUACUUCACCUCGAAAUGGUGGCACUAGAUUCAAUACAUCGAGAACCGUUGCCAGUAUGGAAGGCUCCGUUACAAGUUACACAGCGGAUCCAACAAGCAACACCAAUAAUUCGUCCUCUUAUCAGGAUCAGUCUAACAAUCAAGGGCCUCGCGAAGCAGGAAUUAUCGAGAAAUUACUGCAUUCCUAUGGAUUCAUACAGUGUUGCGAAAGGCAGGCAAGACUUUUCUUUCACUUUAGCCAAUUCAGCGGUACCAUAGAACACUUGAAGAUCGGCGAUCCGGUGGAAUUCGAAAUGACGUACGAUCGCAGAACCGGAAAACCUAUUGCGAGUAUCGUCAACAAGAUUGCUCCAGAAGUUGUUCUCAGCGAAGAGAGAGUAACGGGAAACGUGACGACUGAACUGCCAGCAUCCGGUGAUUCACAGGGACGAAUAACCUACGAGAAUCGGGGAGAGUGUUUCUUUCUACCCUAUACCAAAGAUGAUGUUGAGGGAAACGUCACUUUGCGUUCCGGUGAUAAGGUGUCUUUUCAGAUUGCUACGAUGCCACGCGGAAACUUGGGUGCUUGUCACGUUAGACUUGAAAAUCCGGUGCAUCCGGUACGAUAUCGCGGCGUUGUGUGCUCAAUGAAAGAGAGUUUUGGUUUUAUCGAGCGGGCUGAUAUAGUCAAAGAGAUUUUUUUUCACUUCAGCGAGGCCAAGUCGGUCAAAGAAGAGCUCAGGCUAGGAGAUGACGUUGAAUUUAUUAUCCUGACUCGUAACGGAAAAGAAGUUGCUUGUAACAUAAUAAAGCUACCGCCCGGGUCCAUAGUCUUUGAGGAAGUUAGUAACGAAAUAAUGAAGGGACAAGUGCUGAAACCUCUCGAAAGAGGAACCGCCGCGCGUCAUCAGAAUGAUCCGUUGCCCGGACGAAUUCGUUAUCGAGCUCAAGACUAUUCCGAGGUUGAAGUGCCAUUCGGCGAUAAGGAUCAGAAGGGGGACUUUACUCUCAAGCACGGCGACUGGGUUCAGUUUCUGAUUGCGACCGAUACGAGAGAUCAAUUGAAGAGAGCUACGGAAAUAUCGUUAUUGCCCGAAUCAUUCGCAGUUUCCGGUGAAAGACGCGAACAGGGAGUCAUAGCGACUUUGAAAGAUGGUUUCGGUUUUAUUCGAUGCGUCGAUCGCGAUACUCGCAUAUUUUUCCACUUCAACGAAGUUUUGGAUUUAGAUCGAGAGAUAAGUGUUGGCGACGAGGUUGAGUUCACCGUUACUCAGGAUCCAUCAUCUUCAUUCUCCAAUACUCGUCAUAGCGCCAUCAGACUCAAACAUUUGCCGGCUGGUAGUGUACAGUUCGAAACGGUGAUAGAAAGCGACGUACCCGGUAGUAUUAUCCAAGACGUCAGUACCAUCGAACCGGGUCUCAUCGGUUACGUCAAAGAUGAUGAGCAAAAAAAGAUCAUUUUCUUUCCUAAGGAUUGCGAUUCUAAAAACAUCCCCAGGCUGGGCGAUAAGGUUCAAUUUAGCAUAUGCCAAGUAAAACGAAACAAAGAACUCGUCGCCGUAGACAUAUCGCUGGUUAACGCCAGCGGCGAGAAGGUGCAAAAUGGUAAUGAGAAAACGAAUGGAGCGACGUGUCAAGGCUUUAUAGCAGCGCUCAAGGAUGGUUUUGGUUUUAUUGAGACGGUGAACCAUAAGAAGGAAAUAUUUUUUCACUUUAGCACCUUCGAGGGAGAUGCGAACUCUUUGGAAUUGGGUGCCGACAUCGAGUGUACUAUAAGCGCGGCAAACGGGCGUGGUACUGGGGGUUGUAUAGCCGCGGAUUCGGUACGUUUAAUGCCGCGAGGUUCGAUUCCACGGCCUACGGUAGUUAGCGAGGUAUUGGACGGUACGAUCGUGAGACCUCUGAGAAUCGCGAAUCCUGAACAGCCAGAGUACACCGGUUUAAUUAAAAUAAGUUCUGCCAAUGAGGCGGAGGAGGCGCCUGAAUACGAAUUUGGCAUAAUGGGCCUGGUGAACAAGCGGGAGCUAUUGCAAGCUGGGGAUCCUGUACAGCUUCAAGUCGAUUCCGAGGGUCAAGCUUGUAACAUUGUUGCCAUGAGAAAAAAACGUAUUGCUACCGUCGAUGCGGUUAAAGGUGCUUUUGGCUUUUUGGCUUACGAAAUCGAUGAGGGGAAAAAAUUAUUUUUUCACAUGACCGAAGUCAAAGAUCACGUGACUCUCCAACCAGGAGAUCACGUCGAAUUUGUUCUGGUUACCAAUCAACGCACAGGAAAAUCAUCUGCGUGCAAUGUGACGCGAUUGAGUGACGGUGUGCAGCAACGACCGGAGCGUUUAAUAAGCCGGCUGCGUACGGUGUCGCUAGAAGAGACGGGUCCCAAGUUGACGGUGACGAGGCAGCCAAAAGGACCGGACGGUACACGUGGUUUCAAUCAAGAACGUCCGCAGCGCAUCCCCGGCGUGAUCGAAGAGUAAAUCGUAAAAAUCGUCAUCGCAAAUGAAGUGAAAAAAAAACAGACGAAAGAUAAACAAAAAAACUAACAAUAAAAUUAAACAAAUGGUCACGUAUCCGAAAUUGUAUUCAUAUUACUUAUUUUUAGUCCACGUGCGUCGAUGCCGACAUUAUUAUCGUGAACAUGAAUGAACAAUUUUUGACAAUUGUCAACGAAUUCCCGUGGCAACAAUGAUGAUAAUAAUAAUACGGCUAGAAAACGAGAGAAGGAGAAAAAGAAAUAACCUAAUUGAACGAUAAAUUUGUUUAGAGUGAACAACGAGCCGUUUUUAUUAAAAUCCUGUAAAUGCGGCGAUCAACCUCGAAUUACUGGAGAAGCGACUAUAUCAAUAUUGAAUGAGCAGUACAAAAAAAAAUCAACCGUUUAGAAUGUUUUCGGCUGCUCCGGACAGUAAAACAGAAACUACAUUUUUCUUAGUUUCUCCCUUAAACUCAUCAUCACCAUAAAAUCAUUUGUUGUUUUGCAAUAAUUCCAUUAGCAUCGUCCUUAAGCACAUUUUUUCGAUUAUAUUUGCAUUGAUUAUUUUGUAAUUGCCUCGUUUUAACAGCUGUUGUGAAAGAGUAUCAGGAUUUUUUUUUAAACAACCGAAUCGCCUAAUCAUUGUGGCGAAUAAAAUUUUGCAAAGACAAAUAGAAUAAACAAAACUAUUGGUAUCGGUGCAGGUGGAAAGAGUAAAAAUUAAAAGAAUUAAGCGAAAACAAAACAAUUAGGUAAAACGAAAAAUUGAGAAAUGAAAAGCGAUUUUGGGCCGUUGACGUGUCCCGGGCUAUUUGUAUCGUUCGGAGGCUAAAUCGUCCCGUGUCUCUGCCUUUAUAUAAGAAAAAAAAACAAAAAGAACAAAAAUAUAUAUACGUAAAUGUUGAUACAACCAUUCAUUUAUAAUUAUUUCUUUGGAAUAUUCGUUCCACCCACGAAAAAUGUACGAACAAACGAAAGAAAAAAUGGAUAAACGGAUAAAUAUGGAUGAAGAAAGGAGAAACAAGAGAGAUACGAGUCGUAUUGGAAAGUGUGACACUCCAUUUUUUCUGUGUAAUUUGUUUAGACCAAAAAUUACGACGGUGGACGGAAAAAGAUGAAAAUAUAAAGAGAAUGAAAAAUUUUGUUGAUUGACCCAGCGAUCAGUCAUCAUGUAAAACAUGCAUAAUACAUCCGAGUGGAUGUAGAAUAAAUUUUUAUUUCAAUUCCACGAGGAAAUCAACGUGGACGACGAAGAUAAAAGUUGCAUCCGAUCAACUUUUCGUUUCAAAUAGUAUAUCGUAUGUACGAAUAUAUAAAAGUGCGUCAAGUUCUUGAAGCGGUCACACGUUGAAUAAUCAAAUUAGGAUAAACGGAGAAAAAAAAUCUGGAAUGGAACGGAGGAGUAACGGGCUUGCACGCGAAUUUUAGAAAGAAAAAAAAAUGAGAGAAUGCCGACAAUGAAGGCGACGAAAGCCGCUGGUCGAACAGCUCUCUUUUGGUUUCAUUCCUCAAAACGCUGUGCCCAAAGUAAAAAAAAAAAAAAAAAAAAAAAAAAACAGCCUUAAUUGUCUAUAUAAUUUUAGAGAGAAAGUUAAGGCAAAAAAAAGAUCUUGAGUCACGGUAAAUGCAUAAAAGUAAACGAGCACUGUCAUAAGAACGAGAAAGUGCCUAUUUCAAUGAUCUCCAUGAAAAAAUAAUGAACCUCGUAACUGAACAAGAAAAAUUGUAAAGUUAUUGGUGAAUAAAUCUUGCGAGCAAUGAGCCGGUUGAGAUUCUA